GGGACGACCCACAGUCGUCCCCGGGUGGGCCCUGUCCCGCUUGCUGCUGGGAGGGCGUGUUGGUCGGAACCGGGGUCAUGGGUGCUGGGGCGUCCUGAGAAGGGCUAGCUUUACUGAGGGCUAAUAAAAAGAUAAACCACAGAUAACUUGAAUCAAUAUUUCCCAAGUGACACCACGGGAGCCCCCACAGCUGUUUUCCUGAUAACCUGGCAAACGCCCCACCCACGCUUUGCCCCUCCCCUGCUCUCCCCGCCUCUGCCGGUCCUGCUGGGCCAUAUAAGGCCCGGACCCCUGCCCCAGUUGCUCUCCCCCGCCACCCUUUUGAGCCACCAUGGGGCUGCCGCUAGCCGGCCUGGUGGCCGUCUGCCUGGCCCUGAGCUCAGCUGGGGGUGCGGAGCUCCGGAGAGAGGGCAGGACCCGGAACCAUGGCCACAGCGUCUGCAGCACUUGGGGCGACUUCCACUAUAAGACGUUCGACAGUGACAUCUUCCGCUUCCCGGGCCUCUGCGACUACAACUUUGCGUCUGACUGCAGGGACUCCUACAAGGAGUUUGCGGUGCACCUGAAGCGGGGCCUGGGACGAGAUGGGGCUCACCCCCAGCUCGACUACAUCCUGCUGAACAUCAAAGACGACACUAUCUACCUCACCCGCCAGCUGGCGGUGCUGAACGGGGCCGUGGUCAGCACCCCGCACUAUAGCCCCGGGCUGCUCAUCGAGAAGAGCGACGUCUAUACCAAGGUCUACUCCCGUGCGGGACUCACCCUCAUGUGGAACCGGGAAGACUCCCUCAUGCUGGAGCUGGACAGUAAGUUCCGGAACCACACGUGUGGCCUCUGCGGGGACUACAACGGCCUGCACGUCUAUUCAGAGUUCCUCUCUGACGGUGUGUCCUUCAGUGCCAUCGAGUUUGGGAACAUGCAGAAGAUCAAAAAGCCUGGGGUGGUGUGCGAGGACCCCGAGGAGGAGCCCGCGGGAGAGUCCUGCUCUGAGCACCGCGCCGAGUGCGAGAGGCUGCUGACGGGCUCGGCCUUCGAGGACUGCCUGGGCCUGGUGCCGCUGGAGCUGUACGUGCAGGCCUGCGCGCAGGACCGCUGCCGGUGCCCGCUGGGCGCCUCCUGCAUCUGCAGCAGCCUCGCCGAGUUCUCUCGCCAGUGCUCGCACGCGGGCGGCCGGCCGGGCACCUGGAGGACCCCCGUGUUCUGCCCCAAGAGCUGCCCCGGGAACAUGGUUUACCUGGAGAGCGGCUCACCCUGCAUGGACACCUGCUCACACCUGGGAAUCAGCAACCUGUGUGAGGAGCACCGCAUGGACGGCUGUUUUUGCCCGGAAGGCACUGUGUACGAUGACAUUGCGGGCAGAGGCUGCAUUCCCGUCAGCCAGUGUCACUGCAAGGUCCACGGGCACCUGUACUUGCCCGGCCAGCAGAUCACCAAUGACUGCGAGCAGUGCGUCUGCACCGCCGGCCGCUGGGUGUGCAAAGACCUGCCAUGCCCAGGCACCUGCGCCCUGGAGGGCGGCUCCCACAUCUCCACCUUCGACGGGAAGAAGUACACUUUCCACGGGGACUGCUACUACGUGCUGGUCAAGGGCGACCACGACUCCUAUGCCCUCCUGGGUGAGCUGGCCCCCUGCGGCUCCACGGACAAGCAGACCUGCCUGAAGACGGCGGUGCUGCUGACCGACAAGAAGAAGAACGUGGUGGCCUUCAAGUCGGACGGCAGCGUGCUGCUGAAUGAGCUGCAGGUGAACUUGCCCCACGUGACUGCCAGCUUCUCCAUCUUCCAACCAUCCUCCCACCACCUCGUGGUGAAUACCGCCUUCGGCCUCAGGCUGCAGGUGCAGCUGGUGCCCGUGAUGCAGCUGUUUGUGACGCUGGACCAGGCCGCCCAGGGGCGCGUGCAGGGCCUCUGCGGGAACUUCAACGGCCUGGAAGGGGAUGACUUCAAGACGGCGGGCGGGCUGGUGGAGGCCACGGGGGCCGGCUUCGCCAACACGUGGAAGGCCCAGUCGAGUUGCCACGACAAGCUGGACUGGCUGGAGGACCCCUGCUCCCUCAACAUCGAGAGCGCCAACUACGCGGAGCACUGGUGCUCCCUGCUGAAGAAGACAGAGACCCCCUUCGGGAGGUGCCACUCAGCCGUGGACCCCUCGGAGUAUUACAAGAGGUGCAGGUACGAUACGUGUAACUGCCAGAACAGCGAGGACUGCAUGUGCGCCGCCCUGUCCUCCUACGCCCGCGCCUGCGCCACCAAGGGCGUCAUGCUGUGGGGGUGGCGGGAGCAAGUCUGCAACAAGGACGUGGGCUCCUGCCCCAGCUCACAGAUCUUCCUGUACAACCUGACCACCUGCCAGCCCACCUGCCGCUCGCUCUCCGAGGCCGACACCCACUGCCUCAAGGGCUUUGCGCCGGUGGACGGCUGCGGCUGCCCUGACCACACCUUCCUGGAUGAGAAGGGCCGCUGUGUGCCCCUGGCCAAAUGCUCUUGCUAUCACCGCGGCCUCUACCUGGAGGCCGGGGAAGUGGUCCUGCGGCAGGGGGAGCGAUGCGUUUGCCGGAACGGCAGGCUUCAGUGCGUUCAGAUCCAGCUGAUCGGCCUUCGCUGUCAGGCCCCAAAGAUCCACGUGGAUUGCAACAACCUGACAGCGCUGGCCAUCCAGAACCCGCGACCCACCAGCUGCCAGACGCUGGCUGCCGGCCACUACCAGACGGAGUGCAUCAGCGGCUGUGUUUGCCCGGACGGGCUGCUGGAUGACGGCCGCGGCGGCUGCGUCAUGGAAGAGCAGUGUCCCUGUGUGCACAACAAGGACCUGUACUCCCCUGGGGACAAGAUCAAGGUGGACUGCAACACCUGCACCUGCCGGAGGGGCCGCUGGGUGUGCACGCAGGCCGUGUGCUACGGCUCCUGCUCCAUCUACGGAAGUGGCCACUACAUCACGUUCGACGGAAAGCACUACGACUUUGAUGGACACUGUUCCUACGUGGCGGUUCAGGACUACUGUGGCCAGAACUCCUCACUGGGCUCCUUCAGCAUCAUCACCGAGAAUGUUCCCUGUGGCACCACGGGCGUCACCUGCUCCAAGGCCAUCAAAAUCUUCAUGGGGAGUCUGGAGCUGAAGCUGGAGGGCAAGCACCGCGUGGUGAUCCAGCGAGACGUGGGCCACCACGUGUCCUACACCACGCGGGAGGUGGGCCAGUACCUGGUGGUAGAGGCCAGCGUGGGCGUCAUCGUCAUCUGGGACAAGAGGACCACCGUCUUCAUCAAGCUGGCGCCGUCCUACGAGGGCACGGUGUGCGGGCUGUGUGGGAACUUCGACCGCCGCUCCAGCAACGACUUCACCACGAGGGACCACAUGGUGGUGGACAGCGAGCUGGACUUCGGGAACAGCUGGAAGGAGGCCCCCACCUGCCCAGACGUGAGCUUCACCCCGGAGCCCUGCGCCCUGAGGCCGCACCGCCUCUCCUGGGCCGAAAAGCAGUGCAGUAUCAUCAAGAGCCGGGUCUUCGCCGUCUGCCACAGCAAGGUGGACCCCAAGCCAUUCUACGAGGCCUGCGUCCAUGACUCGUGCUCCUGCGACACGGGCGGGGACUGUGAGUGCUUUUGCUCUGCCGUGGCCUCCUACGCCCAGGCGUGCACGAAGGAGGGGGCCUGCGUGUUCUGGAGGACGCCAGACCUGUGCCCCAUCUUCUGUGACUACUACAACCCCCCGGACGAGUGCGAGUGGCACUACGAGCCGUGUGGGAACCGCAGCUUUGAGACCUGCAGGACGGUCAACGGGAUCCACUCCAACAUCUCCGUGUCCUACCUGGAGGGCUGCUACCCGCGGUGCCCCAAGGACAGGCCCAUCUACGACGAGGACGAGAAGAAGUGCGUCACGGCCGACCAGUGUGGCUGCUACGUCGAGGACACCCGUUACCCACCUGGAGCGUCCGUGCCCUCCGACAAGGACUGCCAGUCUUGCAUGUGUACCAACUCCUCGGAAGUUGUCUGCCGGCCUGAAGAAGGGAAGAUUCUCAACUAUACCCAGGAUGGGUCUUUCUGCUACUGGGUGAUCUGCGGGCCCAACGGGACGGUGGAGAAACACUUCAACAUCUGCCAGCCUACCUCGCCUCCCUCGUCCUCCUUGCCGCCCUCCACCACCCCCGUCACGAGUACCACGAGCACCACCCCCACCCCCAUCCCCAGCACAGCAACGACCAUCUCCUCAACGACCCCGUCUUCAGUCACUCCCAAUGUGUGCUGCUUCUGGUCCGACUGGAUCAACGAGAACCACCCCAGCAUGGACAGCACCGGUGGAGACUGGGAGAAAUUCGACAGUGUCUGCAGGGAACCCGAGGACAUCCAGUGCAGGUUGGCCACGGAGCCAGAGCUCAGCUGGGAGGAGACGGGCCAGAAGGUACAGUGUGAUGUCUCCUCAGGGUUCAUUUGCCUCAACGAAGACCAGUUUGGAAACGGGCCGUUCGCCGUCUGUUAUGACUAUGAAAUACGUGUCAAUUGUUGCCUGCCGAUGUAUGAGUGUCCCGGGUCCCCAACCACGGCCCCAACCACCACCCCCUCAACCACAACCACCACCCCGACCACCACCAGCACGGAGACCCCGACCCCCACCCCGACCACCACCAGCACGGAGACCCCGACCCCGGCCUCGACCACCACCACCACCACCACCAGCACGGAGUCUGCGACCCCCACCCCGACCACCACCAGCACGGAGACCCCGACCCCGGCCUCGACCACCACCACCACCAGCACGGAGACCCCGACCCCGACCUCCACCCCAACCACCACCAGCACGGAGACCCCGACCCCGACCUCCACCCCAACCACCACCAGCACGGAGACCCCGACCCCGGCCUCGACCACCACCACCACCAGCACGGAGACCCCGACCCCCACCCCGACCACCACCAGCACGGAGACCCCGACCCCCACCCCGACCACCACCAGCACGGAGACCCCGACCCCCACCCCGACCACCACCAGCACGGAGACCCCGACCCCCACCACCAGCACCACCAGCACGGAGACCCCGACCACCGCCCCGACCACCACCAGCACGGAGACCCCGACCCCGGCCUCCACCACCACCACCACCACCACCACCCCUACCCCGGGAUCAACCACCAAUCUGUGCGUGCCUGAGUGCAAUUGGACUGGCUGGCUGGAUUCAGGGAAACCAGACAACACCAAACCGGGGGCAGACAUCGAAUCUGUCGAGGUCUGUGUACCAGGCUGGGCGGCCAACAUCUCCUGCAGAGCCGCCCAGUUCCCUGACAUCCCCCUUGGGCAGCUGGGGCAGAACGUGGAUUGCGACAUCGACGUCGGGCUGGUGUGCAGAAAUGAAAACCAGAAACCAGGGGGAUACAUGCCCCAGCCUUCUUGCCUCAACUAUGAGAUCAACGUCUACUGCUGUUCGUGGCCUCCACCCUGUAUCUCCACGCCUUCCCCUGUAACCACGCCGACCUCCCCGACCACCACCACCACCGGCACGGAGACCCCGACCCCGGCCUCCACCACCACCACCACCAGCACGGGGACCCCGACCCCCUCCCCGACCACCACCAGCACGGGGACCCCGACCCCCACCCCGACCACCACCAGCACGGAGACCCCGACUCCGGCCUCCACCACCACCACCACCAGCACGGAGACCCCGACCCCGACCACCACCCCGACCACCACCAGCACGGAGACCCCGACUCCGGCCUCCACCACCACCACCACCAGCACAGGGACCCCGACCACCACCAGCAUGGAGACCCCGACCCCAACCCCGACCACCACCAGCACGGAGACCCCGACCCCGGCCUCCACCACCACCACCACCAGCACGGGGACCCCAACCCCCACCACCACCACCACCAGCACGGGGACCCCAACCCCCACCCCGACCACCACCAGCACGGAGACCCCGACCCCGGGCUCGACCACCACCACCACCAGCACGGGGACCCCGACCACCACCAGCACGGAGACCCCGACCCCCACCCCGACCACCACCAGCACGGAGACCCCGACCCCGGCCUCGACCACCACCACCACCACCACCAGCACGGAGUCUGCGACCCCCACCCCGACCACCACCAGCACGGAGACCCCGACCCCGGCCUCGACCACCACCACCACCAGCACGGAGACCCCGACCCCGACCUCCACCCCAACCACCACCAGCACGGAGACCCCGACCCCGACCUCCACCCCAACCACCACCAGCACGGAGACCCCGACCCCGGCCUCGACCACCACCACCACCAGCACGGAGACCCCGACCCCCACCCCGACCACCACCAGCACGGAGACCCCGACCCCCACCCCGACCACCACCAGCACGGAGACCCCGACCCCCACCCCGACCACCACCAGCACGGAGACCCCGACCCCCACCACCAGCACCACCAGCACGGAGACCCCGACCACCGCCCCGACCACCACCAGCACGGAGACCCCGACCCCGGCCUCCACCACCACCACCACCACCACCACCCCUACCCCGGGAUCAACCACCAAUCUGUGCGUGCCUGAGUGCAAUUGGACUGGCUGGCUGGAUUCAGGGAAACCAGACAACACCAAACCGGGGGCAGACAUCGAAUCUGUCGAGGUCUGUGUACCAGGCUGGGCGGCCAACAUCUCCUGCAGAGCCGCCCAGUUCCCUGACAUCCCCCUUGGGCAGCUGGGGCAGAACGUGGAUUGCGACAUCGACGUCGGGCUGGUGUGCAGAAAUGAAAACCAGAAACCAGGGGGAUACAUGCCCCAGCCUUCUUGCCUCAACUAUGAGAUCAACGUCUACUGCUGUUCGUGGCCUCCACCCUGUAUCUCCACGCCUUCCCCUGUAACCACGCCGACCUCCCCGACCACCACCACCACCGGCACGGAGACCCCGACCCCGGCCUCCACCACCACCACCACCAGCACGGGGACCCCGACCCCCUCCCCGACCACCACCAGCACGGGGACCCCGACCCCCACCCCGACCACCACCAGCACGGAGACCCCGACUCCGGCCUCCACCACCACCACCACCAGCACGGAGACCCCGACCCCGACCACCACCCCGACCACCACCAGCACGGAGACCCCGACUCCGGCCUCCACCACCACCACCACCAGCACAGGGACCCCGACCACCACCAGCAUGGAGACCCCGACCCCAACCCCGACCACCACCAGCACGGAGACCCCGACCCCGGCCUCCACCACCACCACCACCAGCACGGGGACCCCAACCCCCACCACCACCACCACCAGCACGGGGACCCCAACCCCCACCCCGACCACCACCAGCACGGAGACCCCGACCCCGGGCUCGACCACCACCACCACCAGCACGGGGACCCCGACCACCACCAGCACGGAGACCCCGACCCCCACCCCGACCACCACCAGCACGGAGACCCCGACCCCGGGCUCGACCACCACCACCACCAGCACGGGGACCCCGACCACCACCAGCACGGAGACCCCGACCCCCACCCCGACCACCACCAGCACGGAGACCCCGACCCCGGCCUCCACCACCACCACCACCAGCACGGGGACACCCACCUCCACCCUGACCACCACCAGCACGGAGACCCCGACCCCGGCCUCCACCACCACCACCACCAGCACGGGGACCCCAACCCCCACCACCACCACCAGCACGGGGACCCCGACCCCCACCCCGACCACCACCAGCAUGGGGACCCCGACCCCCACCCCGACCACCACCAGCACGGAGACCCCGACCCCGGCCUCCACCACCACCACCACCAGCACGGGGACCCCGACCUCCACCCCAACCACCACCAGCACGGAGACCCCGACCCCGGCCUCCACCACCACCACCACCAGCACGGGGACCCCGACCUCCACCCCAACCACCACCAGCACGGAGACCCCGACCCCCACCCCGACCACCACCAGCACGGAGACCCCGACCCCCACCCCGACCACCACCAGCACGGAGACCCCGACCCCUGCCUCCACCACCACCACCACCAGCACGGGGACCCCGACCUCCACCCCGAGCACCACCAGCACGGAGACCCCGACCCCCACCCCGACCACCACCAGCACGGAGACCCCGACCCCGGCCUCCACCACCACCACCACCAGCACGGGGACCCCCACCUCCACCCCGACCCCCACCAGCACGGAGACCCCGACCCCGGCCUCCACCACCACCACUACCAGCACGGAGACCCCGACCCCCACCCCGACCACCACCAGCACGGAGACACCGACCUCCACCCCGACCACCACCAGCACGGAGACCCCGACCCCCACCCCGACCACCACCACCACCAGCACGGGGACCCACCCCACCCCGACCACCACCAGCACGGAGACCCCGACCCCGGCCUCGACCACCACCACCACCAGCACGGAGACCCCGACCCCGACCUCCACCCCAACCACCACCAGCACGGAGACCCUGACCCCGGCCUCCACCACCACCACCACCAGCACGGGGACCCCGACCACCACCAGCACGGAGACCCCGACCCCCACCCCAACCACCACCAGCACGGAGACCCCGACCCCGGCCUCCACCACCACCACCACCAGCACAGGGACCCCGACCACCACAAGCACGGAGACCCCGACCCCCACCCCGGCCACCACCAGCACGGAGACCCCGACCCCGGCUUCCACCACUACCACCACCAGCACGGGGACCCCGACCUCCACCCCGACCACCACCAGCACGGUGACCCCGACCCCGGCCUCCACCACCACCACCACCAGCACGGGGACCCCGACCACCACCAGCACGGAGACCCCGACCCCGGCCUCAACCACCACCACCACCAGCACGGAGACCCCGACCCCGGCCUCCACCACCACCACCACCAGCACGGGGACCCCGACCACCACCCCGACCACCACCAGCACGGAGACCCCAACCCCAGCCUCCACCACCACCACCACCAGCAUGGAGACCACGACCCCGGCCUCCACCACCACCACCACCAGCAAGGGGACCCCGACCCCCACCCCAAGCAUCACCAGCACGGAGACCCCGACCCCGGCCUCCACCACCACCACCACCAGCACGGGGACCCCGACCCCCACCCCAAGCACCACCAGCACGGAGACCACGACCCCGGCCUCGACCACCACCACCACCAGCACGGGGACCCCGACCCCCACCCCAAGCACCACCAGCACGGAGACCCCGACCUCCACCCCAACCACCACCAGCACGGAGACCCCGACCCCGGCCUCCACUACCAGCACGGAGACCCCGACCCCCACCCCGACCACCACCAGCACGGAGACCCCGACCACGGCCUCGACCACCACCACCACCAGCACAGGGACCCCGACCUCCACCCCGAGCACCACCAGCACGGAGACCCCGACCCCGGCCUCCACCACCACCACCAGCAUGGGGACCCCCACCUCCACCCCGACCACCACCAGCACGGAGACCCCGACCCCGGCCUCCACCACCACCACCACCAGCACGGGGACCCCCACCUCCACCCCGACCACCACCAGCACGGAGACCCCGACCCCGGCCUCCACCACCACCACCACCAGCACGGAGACCCCGACCCCGGCCUCCACCACCACCACCACCAGCACGGGGACCCCGACCACCACAAGCACGGAGACACCGACCCCCACCCCGACCACCACCAGCACGGAGACCCCGACCCCGGUCUCCACCACUACCACCACCAGCACGGGGACCCCGACCUCCACCCCGACCACCACCAGCACGGAGACCCCGACCCCGGCCUCAACCACCACCACCACCAGCACGGAGACCCCGACCCCGACCUCCACCCCAACCACCACCAGCACGGAGACCCCGACCCCGGCCUCCACCACCACCACCACCAGCACGGGGACCCCGACCCCCACCCCGACCACCACCAGCACGGAGACACCGACCCCGGCCUCAACCACCACCACCACCAGCACGGGGACCCCGACCCCCACCCCGACCACCACCAGCACGGAGACACCGACCCCGGCCUCAACCACCACCACCACCAGCACGGGGACCCCGACCCCCACCCCGACCACCACCAGCACGGAGACCCCGACCCCGGCCUUCACCACUACCACCACCAGCACGGAGACCCCGACCCCCACCCCGACCACCACCAGCACGGAGACCCCGACCCCGGCCUCAACCACCACCACCACCAGCACGGGGACCCCGACCACCACAAGCACGGAGACAUCGACCCCCACCCCGGCCACCACCAGCACGGAGACCCCGACCCCGGCCUCCACCACUACCACCACCAGCACGGGGACCCCGACCCCCACCCCGACCACCACCAGCACGGAGACCCCGACCCCGGCCUCAACCACUACCACCACCAGCACGGAGACCCCGACCCCAACCCUGACCACCACCAGCACGGAGACCCCGACCCCGGCCUCCACCACCACCACCACCAGCACGGGGACCCCGACCACCACCAGCACGGAGACCCCGACCCCAACCCCGACCACCACCAGCACGGAGACCCCGACCCCGGCCUCCACCACCACCACCACCAGCACGGGGACCCCGACCACCACCAGCACGGAGACCCCGACCCCCACCCCGGCCACCACCAGCACGGAGACCCCGACCCCGGCCUCCACCACUACCACCACCAGCACGGGGCCCCUGACCUCCACCCCGACCACCACCAGCACGGUGACCCCGACCCCCACCCCGACCACCACCAGCACGGAGACCCCGACCCCGGCCUCAACCACCACCACCACCAGCACGGGGACCCCGACCCCCACCCCAAGCACCACCAGCACGGAGACCCCGACCACGACCCCGGCCUCGACCACCACCACCACCCCCAUGGAGACCACGACCCCGGCCUCGACCACCACCACCACCAGCAUGGAGACCCCGACCCCGACCUCUACCCCAACCACCACCAGCACGGAGACCCCGACCCCGGCCUCCACCACCACCACCACCAGCACGGGGACCCCGACCACCACGAGCACGGAGACAUCGACCCCCACCCCGGCCACCACCAGCACGGAGACCCCGACCCCGGCCUCCACCACUACCACCACCAGCACGGGGACCCCGACCCCCACCCCGACCACCACCAGCACGGAGACCCCGACCCCGGCCUCAACCACUACCACCACCAGCACGGAGACCCCGACCCCAACCCCGACCACCACCAGCACGGAGACCCCGACCCCGGCCUCCACCACCACCACCACCAGCACGGGGACCCCGACCACCACCAGCACGGAGACCCCGACCCCAACCCCGACCACCACCAGCACGGAGACCCCGACCCCGGCCUCCACCACCACCACCACCAGCACGGGGACCCCGACCACCACCAGCACGGAGACCCCGACCCCCACCCCGACCACCACCAGCACGGAGACCCCGACCCCGGCCUCCACCACCACCACCACCAGCACGGGGACCCCGACCACCACCAGCACGGAGACCCCGACCCCCACCCCGGCCACCACCAGCACGGAGACCCCGACCCCGGCCUCCACCACUACCACCACCAGCACGGGGACCCCGACCUCCACCCCGACCACCACCAGCACGGUGACCCCGACCCCCACCCCGACCACCACCAGCACGGAGACCCCGACCCCGGCCUCAACCACCACCACCACCAGCACGGGGACCCCGACCCCCACCCCAAGCACCACCAGCACGGAGACCCCGACCCCCACCACCACCACCACCAGCACGGAGACCACGACCCCGGCCUCGACCACCACCACCACCCCCAUGGAGACCACGACCCCGGCCUUGACCACCACCACCACCAGCAUGGAGACCCCGACCCCGACCUCUACCCCAACCACCACCAGCACGGAGACCCCGACCCCGGCCUCCACCACCACUACCACCAGCACGGGGACCCCGACCUCCACCCCGACCACCACCACCACCAGCACGGAGACCCCGACCCCGACCACCACCCUGACCACCACCAGCACGGAGACCCCAACCACCACCACCACCAGCACGGAGACCCCGACCCCCACCCCGACCCCGGCCUCGACUACCACCACCACCAGCACGGAGACCCCCUCCACACCCACACCCACGACUUUGUCAACGACGUCCAAAGAAACGCUCACAACGCCAGGACGCCCAUCAUCCACUCCGCACAGGCCACCGACCCCGAGCGCCACGACCUCCAGUGUGCUCACCCCCACGCUGACCCCAAUCUCCUCCCCCAGCAUUGUUGAAACUACAGGUUCCAUCACCAGCACAGCCCUGGAAUACUGCUGCGUUUUGAAUGACACUUACUUUGCCCCAGGUGAAACGGUGUAUAAUGGCACGCAUGGGGACACCUGCUAUUACGUGAACUGCUCGCUGUCCUGCACCUUUGAGUUCUUCAACUGGUCGUGUCCGUCCACACCCUCCCCAACGCCCACCCCUUCCUCGCCAACGCCGGCCUCAACACCCAAACCACCCACGUCCGUGGCAUCGAGCACUCUGGCCACCACCAAGCCCCCUGGGUGCCUAGACUUUGAUCCUCCCAGAGAGGAGAACGAGACGUGGUGGCUGUGUAACUGCACCAUGGCUAUCUGCAAAUACAACAACACAGUGGAGUUAGUGCAGGUGAAGUGCAAACCCCCACCCAUGCCCACCUGCUCCAACGACCUCCCGCCCGUGCGCGUCAUGGACCCUGAUGGCUGCUGCUGGCACUGGGAGUGCGACUGCUACUGCACAGGCUGGGGGGACCCGCACUACGUCACCUUCGACGGGCUUUACUACAGCUACCAGGGCAACUGCACGUACGUGCUGGUGGAGGAGAUCAGCCCCACGGUAGACGGCUUCGGCGUCUACAUCGACAACUACCACUGUGACGUCAACGACCGGGUGUCCUGCCCCCGCACGCUCAUUGUGCGCCACGAGACCCAGGAGGUGCUCAUCAAGACGGUGCAGAUGGCCCCCAUAAAAGUGCAGGUGCAGGUCAACGGGCAGGCCGUGGCGCUGCCCUACAAGAAGUAUGGGCUGCAGGUGUCCCAGUCGGGCAUCAGCUACGUGGUGGACAUCCCCGAGCUGGGCGCCCUCAUCUCCUACAACGGCCUGUCCUUCUCCAUCCGGCUGCCCCACCACCGGUUUGGCAACAACACCAAGGGCCAGUGUGGUACGUGUACCAACAACACCGCCGACGACUGCGUGUUGCCCAGCGGAGAGGUCGUUUCCAACUGCGAGGUCGCGGCCGACCAGUGGGUGGUGAACGACCCCUCCAAGCCACACUGUCCCCACAUCGGGGUCACCACCAAGCCCCCGGCUAGCACGCCGUCAGCGGGCAGCCCCACGCCCAAGGACUGUGCUUCCCCUCUCUGCGACCUCAUCAAAGACAGCCUGUUCGCCCAGUGCCACGCCGUGGCACCCCCCCAGCACUACUACGACGCCUGCGUGUUCGACAGCUGCUUCGUGCCCGGCUCGGGCCUGGAGUGCGCCAGCCUGCAGACCUACGCGACCCUCUGUGCCCAGAAGGGCAUCUGUAUCGACUGGCGGAACCACACCAACGGCGCCUGCUUGCUGACGUGUCCGCCUCACAGGGAGUACCGGGCCUGUGGUCCUCCAGAGGAACCCACCUGCAAGUCUGGAUCCUUCGAGAAGAACAACAGCAUCCUGGUGGAGGGCUGCUUCUGUCCCGAGGGCACCAUGAACUACGCCCCGGGAUUCGACGCCUGCGUGGACAUGUGUGGCUGUAUGGGACCUGACAAUGUGCCUAGAAAGUUUGGGGAACACUUUGAGUUCGACUGCAAGAGCUGUGUCUGCCUGGAGGGCGGGAGCGGCAUUUCCUGCCUGCCCAAGACGUGCAGCCAGGAGCCGCUCCAGUGCACGGAGGAGGGCACCUACCCGCUCACAGAGGUCAACCCCGCCGACACCUGCUGCAACAUCACGUCCUGCAAGUGCAACACCAGCCUGUGCCCGGCGACGCCGUCCAAGUGCCCACUGGGAUUUGAAGUGAAGAGUGAGAUCACACCUGGGAAGUGCUGCCCCACCUACACCUGUGUGCCCAAGGGUGUGUGCGUUCACCAGAAUGCUGAGUACCAGCCGGGGUCGCCAGUUUACUCCUCCAAGUGCCAGGACUGCGUGUGCACCAACCGCAGGAACAGCAGCACCGAGCUCAACGUCAUCUCCUGCACCCAUGUGCUCUGUGACAACUCCUGCAGCCCCGGCUUUGAGCUGGUGGAGGCCCCCGGGGAGUGCUGUGGUAAGUGUGAGCAGACCCACUGCAUCAUCAAGAGGCCCGGCAAGGAACCCAUCAUCCUAAAGCCCGGGGACAUAAAGCAUGACACCAAGAAUAACUGCACCUUCUUCAGCUGCGUGAAGAUUCACAACCAGCUCAUCUCUUCGGUCUCCAACAUCACCUGCCCCGACUUUGACCCCAGCAUCUGCCUCCCGGGUUCCAUCACUCUCAUGCCCAAUGGUUGCUGCAAGAAAUGCAUCCCUCGCAACGAGACCAGGACCUUCUGUUCCGCCAUCCCCGUUACCCGGGAAAUUUCUUUCGCCGGCUGCACCAACAAAGUCACGAUGAACUACUGCUCUGGGUCCUGCGGGACCUUCGCCCUGUACUCGGCCGAGGCCCAGGCCCUGGACCACAAGUGCUCCUGCUGUAAGGAAGAACGGACCAGCCAGCGGGAGGUGGUGCUGCACUGUCCCCAGGGCGGCUCGCGGAGCCACACCUACACCCACAUCGAGAGCUGCCGGUGCCAGGACACCGCCUGCGAGCUCCCGCCGGCCCCACGCCGCGUCCCCGGCCGCUCCCGGCGCUCCAGCCCCGGGGGCCUGCGCCCAGGAGGCGCUUGAACGGGGUCGUGCCACCCAGCUCGCCCCCACCGCCCUCCGCACCCCCCACCCCUCCUGCUGACCCCCUGAGCUUCCUCACCUCCUGAGCCGGCUUCCUCUCUGCAGAUAUUUAUUUUCUGAGUCUUUGUUCAAUUCUUUGCUUUCUACAAUAAACUUGGGCAGACGCUG